AUGACAGAUGCAGAGGUGAUUCCUUUGACGAAGGGCCUCGCUGCCCUUCAGACCGCACUUCCAUUCAUUGUCGGCUGCGGCUCAGGCAUGGUGGCCACAACAUGCGUGCAGCCCAUUGACACAAUCAAGGUCCGGUUGCAGCUCGCUGACAGGAGCGUGCUCCGGGUCACGACCUGGAGUAUUGCUCGUGACUUAAUGGUUGAAGGCGGCAUCUUGAACAUGUAUCAGGGUCUCUCCGCCGCGAUCAUGCGCUCGCUCGUGUAUGGAACAAUGAGACUGGGUCUGUUUUCGACCUUCGAGAAGGAAUUGGCAAGAAGAGCCCGUGAGAGAGGCACGACCUUGUCCUUUGGCGAACGAUCGCUCGCUGGCGUUGGAGCUGGCGCACUGGCAGCGGUGGUCGGCAAUCCGACAGAGGUCAUCCUGAUUCGAAUGCAGACCGACGGACUCAAGCCCUUGAGUCAACAGGCGAGGUACUCAUCUGCCGUUGAUGCCCUGCGACGCAUUGCCAGCCACGAGGGCGUCCUUGCGCUCUGGAAAGGCGCAGGCCCAACCCUCAUCCGUGCCAUGUCCAUCAACUUCGGCCAGCUCACUUCCUUUUCGGAGGCUAAGAAUCAGCUACAGGAGCACACUAGCCUGUCGCCCCCGGUGCGCACGGCGGUGGCCGCUGGCAUCGCUGGCUGCUUGGGCGCCCUCAUCAGCCAGCCUUUCGACUUCGUCAAGACUCGUUUGCAGAACCAGGUCAAAACCUCCCCUACCGUUGGACUUGGCUCUGGGGAGCUCCUGUACAAGGGAACCUUCGACUGCCUUUUCAAGGUCAUACACAAGGAGGGCCUUUUCAGGCUGUAUCGGGACAUCCUGCCUUACUUUAUGAGAAUUGGUCCCCAUUCGUAA